ACUUUGGAGGAUAGGCGACUUGAGAUGGAAAUAAGACCGUCGAAAAUACAUAUUAUUAUUUUUUUCCCACACCCGCCGUUUGAGGUUACCAAUAUCAAUAGUCACCACAGCGAACAAGGAGGCGGCUUUUUCCGUUUCUCAAACCCACUCUCUAAAAUCCUCGAUUUCUUCUGCUUUCCCUUCAUUUCCACAGGAUUUUCUUCGAUGGGUAUUGAUGAAAUGUACUUCAAAUUCAUUUGAGCUCGAAUUGGAGUUCAUCAAAAUGGAUUAGUAGAAACGAUACUGGAGUUGUGUGUUGAUUUUUUUCUCUUUAUUGGACAUGUCUGUUAAAUUUGCUUCUAUUUCUUGCUCGGUUCCUACUCUAUCUUCACCCUCCGACGCCCGGAGGAGCUUUCAGCUGAGCUUUUCACGAGGAUUAUAUGGCAUUGGCAGCCAACAACGUAGUUUCCAGAGGUUAACAUUUGCUAAAGUUGAGUCCAUCAAGUUAAUGCAUGGAUUGCUGAGGUCUUGGAGAAGAUUUCCGAGGAGAAAAAAUGUUCUCUCUGCUAUUUCAGAGAACCAGUCUCAAUGCAGUGAGCAAGUUGAGCUAGAGCGAGUAACUGAGCAUCCCACUGAUGAAGAUAUCUCCCUUGAAAACAAUUCAUUUUUACAUUAUGAGGGUACUGGCGGGAAACCUGGUUUUAUUUCUUUCUACAACAAUUCCAAAGAAGGAAAUCGGAUCCCUUUGUCUAGUGUGCAAAGCAAUCAAUACAAAUUCUUAUGGUUUGUUGGUCCCGCAGUCCUCGUAGCUUCUUUCAUUUUCCCCUCUCUUUAUCUGCGGAAACUACUUUCAAAUAUCUUUGAGGACUCUCUGUUGACAGAUUUCCUCAUAUUGUUCUUCACGGAAGCACUGUUCUAUUGUGGUGUUGCGGUGUUUCUUUUCUUAAUAGACUGUUCAAGGAGAACUGCUGAACCUGACACUCUGAAAAACAGUUAUCAAACCCUGUCUAAUCAAUUUGGACAGAGGAUCUCUUCUGUAGCUACCUUAGCACUCAGUUUAAUAAUACCAAUGGUCACCAUGGGAUUAGUGUGGCCAUGGACCGGCCCUGCAGCAUCUGCAACACUUGCACCUUACCUUGUUGGGAUUGUUGUUCAAUUUGCAUUUGAACAGUAUGCACGACGCAAGAAAUCAUCUUCAUGGCCUGUUAUUCCAAUUGUCUUUCAAGUUUAUAGAUUGCAUCAACUUAAUAGAGCAGCUCAACUGGUGACAGCACUUUCAUUUACCAUAAAAGGAGCUGAAAUGACUCCAAAUAACUUGGCAAUAAACAGCUCUCUCGGUACACUGUUGAAUGUUCUUCAAUGUCUUGGGAUAAUCUGUAUCUGGUCUCUCUCAAGUUUUCUUAUGAGGUUUUUCCCAUCAAAUGCUGCAACGGUGCAGUAAAGUUCAAGAUAAGUUCCAAAGGGCAAAACUGCAGUGAACUUAAUAAAUUGUUGACCUGAUUUUUUGUGUUCAUUUCUGCUACAUUGCAGUCGAAUAGAGCGUUUUCAGAUCAUAUUGCUCUAUAAAAGCAAGUUGAAACGCAUGCUCGUUAUGGGAAUUUGUGGAUGAUGUUAUGAUAAAGGGAGAAUGAAGUAUUGAAGAAGAUGGUGAUCGUUCCUAUAUCUUUUUGUACUUUCUUUUCCUUUGAAUGAAUAUCCUAGCAGAGAGAAGUCAACUUUUACUACCCUCUUCUUCUUUCAAGCUGCUGUUGGAACAAUCUACAAGUCUUCAUUUUUCUGAACUGUUUUAGGAAAUUUUUGGAACUGAGGAUGGAAUAUGAGCUCUUAUUGCUGAGUUCCAUGAAUAGCAACUGUAUGUGAAUCACCUUCAGGCAUCUAACAGAUUGAAGCUGCCUCUGUUACUUGUAAAUGAGCCAUGUUAACUUUUCUUUUGAUUGAGCUAACUUUUCGUGGCCAACUAUGAUUUGUUUACAUGUUCCUUGAUCUUUUGAGAAAGUAAGGUAUGUUGAAAGUAGACUACUGAUAUUUUUAACCUAUAAAUAUCUCUGUAGAGAAA